GAUUUCGACGUGAAAAAUGAACCGGUGUAUAAUUACCUAAAGGGAUCCAAAGAACGGGUGGACCUUGAAAAGGCUCUGAACGAAACGGCAGCCAAAACGGAAGAUGUACCUAUAGUGAUUGGCGAUAAAGAAUAUCGAACGAAAGAUGUCCGCUAUCAGGUUAUGCCGCACAACCACAAGAAGAAACUCGCCAAAUUUUACUACGCAGACAAAGACCUCGUGAACAAGGCCAUUCAGACCGCUUGCGAAGCGCAACAGAAAUGGGACAGGGUACCCAUACCAGAGAGGUUGAGGAUUUGGGAGACGGCAGCAUCGCUGAUGGCCAAGGAAUACAGGGCGAAAUUGAAUGCCGCCACGAUGCUCGGUCAGGCUAAAACUAUUAUCCAGGCGGAGAUCGACUCUGCCGCCGAACUUGUUGAUUUUUUCAGACUGAACGCGUAUUUCCUGAAGGAGGCGAGCAAGUACCAGCCGAUCUCCGAGGACCCGAAAGUGACGAAGAACUCGAUGCGGUACCGCGGCAUCGACGGCUUCAUCGCCGCAGUGUCUCCCUUCAAUUUCACGGCCAUCGGGGGCAAUUUGGCGUACACGCCGGCUCUAAUGAGCCUCGCUGUUCGUUGGAUGAACGAGCCUUUGGAAAGAGAUGUUCUGCAGGUCUCCAAAGUGGCCAUGAAGGGGUGCGAAGCAUCAACUCGACGGGUUAAUCUCGCGGGGACUGCCAAGGGAGAAACAAUUUUCAGAAGAGAAAGAGAAAUAGAGCCAGAUCGCCAACUUUUCUACGGUGGUCCAGAGAAAAUUCAACAGUUUCAGGGUUUUUUUGGGUGCUGCACUCCAAAUAUGGGAACAGUAUUCCAGGACAGGUCGGAUCUGUGCCUUAUAGAUCAUAAGCAGCUGACUGGAAGUGAAAUAGCUCCCGGCCCGAAACAGAAAUCCAAGUUUUUGGGAUGCACUUUUGGCAAUUGA